AUGAAGGUGGUGAUCAUGACACUGUUAUCUCUCACCUGUUUUACUUUGUACUCAGCAGCAGUAAGUUAGUAUAAGUAAUACUGUAAAGCAUAUUUGGGUACACAGUACUAUCUGAUAUUCAGUUAUGCUUUGUUGACUAGAUAUUAAUCAUAAAAGAGCCUUUAAUAGAAAAAAAGAACUCCAGCUUGACUAAUACGAAUACCUUUCAGACGCCGCAAAGGCUACGGUACCCAUUCCGAAGCUACGAAGAUAAGACCCAAACUCCGAAACGCCUGAACCACCUGCCCAUGACCUACCCCACUAUGAUGUCGAAUCAACAAGUAAGUAUAAUAUAUAUUUAUGUACACUCUAAAUAGGGGCGAUCGUCGAUGGUACCGCGUAGUCGUGGAAUGAAGCUGAUCUCAAGUCCUAAAGACAAGGGCUACGUGUUCACGUGGAGCCCUCAGAAGAACGAAGGCAACUACUUCUUGUUGUAG